AUGCCUCGUUCCAUAUCUUCAACUAGUUUCUCCAGGUUGCAGAUACUUGAUAUCUCUGAGAAUGAGUUCUCCGGCACCUUGCCGAAGACACUCUUCGGAAAUUUGAGAGCCAUGACAGAGAGACAUUCACACUCACCACCCGUUAACUUUGGCGGCAUUGACUAUGAUGUUGAGUAUUACUACACUUCUUUGAAUGUAACAACGAAAAGAUUGGAGCUUGAAUUGACGAAGACCUUAGACAUUUUCGUAUCUAUGGACCUGUCAAACAACAAAUUCUCUGGACGAAUUCCCGAGGAAGUCGGACGACUUAUUUCCCUGCAAAUGAUCAACUUCUCUCACAACAACUUCACCGGUUCUAUUCCGUCAUCGUUCGGAAAUAUGUUGGCACUUGAGUCAUUAGAUCUUUCAUCAAACAAUCUUGGUGGCAGCAUUCCUUCUCAAAUGAAGAAUUUGAGGUUUCUUGAAGUGUUGAACCUUUCCCACAACAAUCUUGUUGGACAAAUUCCCCAUGAGAAGCAAUUUGAUACCUUUGAUAAUGAUUCCUACAGCAGUAACUUGGGAUUGUGUGGCUUACCAUUGUCCAAGUCAUGCGUCGACCACAGGGAGGCCGAACCACCCGCACCAUUGGUGGUGGAACACGAGGGUUCUAAAGAGUUGUCUUUUUGGCAAGUUGCAAUGAUGGGGUACGGAAGCGGAGUCGUACUAGGAUUGAGCUUAGGUUACAUUGUGUUCACAACCGGAAGACCAUGGUGGCUUGUUCGAAUCAUCGAGAGAGAUUUACAAUACAAAUUCACAAAGUGGAUCCGAAGAAACAAACCAAGAAGAAACUAG